AUGAUGAUCAACUUGAAGUGUUUAUACGUUGUGAUUUUGGUUUUCAAAACUAUUGAUGCUUCAAUCGAUCCUGCUUCGUAUUUUCCUGAUCAACAAACCCUAGGUUACGCAGGUCCAACUGAAAUUGGUGCAGAACCUUCCUUGAUUAAAAGUCCAUUCCAACCAAUCUUACAAUCACAUUUUCCAAUCUUGAAUCAAAACCCAACCGAUUCAAAUGCUACCAAGAUUGGAUCUUCAGCUUCUUCAUCAGUAGUAGAUGAUGUGAAUCGAUUACCUAGGAUAUAUAGAUGGGGAAACCUUUCUCCAAUGUAUUCGUUACCCACCAAAACCUUUUCGAAUCAAAUCGAUUCGGGUCCUGAGAUUCCUUGCGGUUGUGAACUUGAACAAGUUCAUCUGGUUCAUCGUCAUGGUGGUCGUUAUCCAACGACUGGAAGUGCUUUACCUAGCUUUGGAAAACGAAUCAAAGAAGCUCAAGAUAGUCGAAAGCUCAAAGCUAAAGGAGUACUUGAUUUCCUCAAUACAUGGUCAUACGAACUCGGUACAGAAGUUCUUACACCCUUUGGUCGAUCACAAAUGUUCGAUCUAGGAAUCUCAUAUCGACAAAAAUACGGAUACCUAUUAAACAAAAUGAAAGACCGAAUCCCCGUGUUUCGCACAACCACUCAAGACCGAAUGUAUCAUUCUGCUCUAAACUUUUUUGCUGGAUUCUUUGGAAUCCCAUAUGAGAAAUCUUAUCAUCAAUCUAUCAUCAUCGAAUCUCAAAACUUUAAUAAUUCAUUGGCUCCUUAUUAUCAAUGUCCUAAUUCUCAUCAUCCUGGAGUUGGAAACCUUGGUUCUGUGGUUUCUGAGCAAUGGGUUGAAAGUUAUUUGAAAAAUGCUACUCAUAGGUUUAAUGAACUUAUUGAAGGUUAUCAAUUCACUCCAUCAGAUCUUCAUACGAUGCAACAAGUUUGUAGUUAUGAAACCAUCGCAUUGGGCACCAGUGAAUUUUGUUCUUUAUUCACUGAUCAAGAAUGGCUAGAUUAUUCCUACAGUAUAGAUCUGGAGUUUUGGUACUCUAAUAGUUUUGGUAAUCCGACUUCUGCAGCUUUGGGACUAGGUUACACUCAAGAAUUACUUGCUAGACUUACUGGUCGAGUUGAUCCUAAUCCAUCAAGUUCGAUCAAUACCACCCUCUUUAACAACCCUGUGACUUUCCCACUAAACCAAUCAAUCUAUGUAGACGCAACUCACGAUACUGUGAUCUCAACAAUCGUGGUAGCCUUGAAUCUUACAAGUCUGGCUGCAAGCGGUCCACUUCCUACCAACAGAAGAGACCCGAAGCGAAGUUUUAGAGUAGAACAAAUUGCUCCAUUCGGUGCUCAGAUGGCUACUCAAAUUAUGACUUGUCAAUUACAACCGAAUUCAACCCAACAAAAAUACGCAAGAAUCGUUUUAAAUGAUGCAGUGAUCCCAUUAAACGGUUUAUCGAAAUGUAAAUCAUCAAACUUAGGUUUAUGUGAAUUGGAUUUGUUUAUUGAAAGUUUACAAAAAAGAGUUCAAGAGAUUGAUUAUCCUCAAUCAUGUUUUAAUAACUUUACAAAACCGGUUCCUAUUAAUUCAUUGGGUUUAACUAAUGGUCGUUGGAUUUGA